AUGAAGUUUCCUUUGUCGAGACUAGCAUCUUGCUGUUUAUAUUCUACCUCGCUGUUCUUUCUCCUUAGUUUUGUAUGCACCGUUAAUUCUUUGGUCAAGCUUCCUCCUAAUGUAACUGUCCAAGCACUUCUGGUUUUUGGGGAUUCCAUAGUUGAUGCAGGCAACAACAACAACAUUCAAACACUUGUUAAGUGCAACUUCCCUCCCUACGGGAAGGAUUUUGAAGGAGGAAAUCCUACAGGAAGGUUUUGUAACGGAAAAAUUCCUUCAGACAUGAUAGCUAAAGAAUUAGGAAUUAAGGAUACAAUACCAGCAUAUUUGGACCCAACUGUUCAACCCCAAGAUCUCGUAACAGGGGUAACCUUUGCUUCAGGUGGCUGUGGCUUUGAUCCUGUGACACCCAAAUCAGUGUCAGUUUUAUCGUUGUCGGAUCAAUUAGAAUAUUUCAAAGAAUACAUAGGGAAGCUGAAGACGAUAAUUGGAGAGGAAAAAACACUUUUCACCUUAAGGAAUAGUCUAUUUUUAGUAGUAGCAGGCAGCGAUGACAUUGCCAAUACCUAUUUUACUCUUCGAGCUAGGCAAUUGCAAUAUGAUGUUCCUGCUUACACCGAUCUGAUGAGUAACUCGGCUGCUAGUUUCGUGCAGGAAUUAUAUGAACUUGGGGCAAGAAGGAUUGGAGUUUUGAGUGCACCGCCAAUUGGAUGUGUGCCAGCUCAGAGAACUUUAGCAGGGGGAGCUGACAGAGAGUGCGCAGGAAAUUUCAACGAAGCAGCAAAGUUAUUCAACUCCAAAUUGGCUAAAAUGUUGGAUUCCAUCAGCUUGCCUGACGGCAAGUUUGUCUAUAUAGAUAUCUAUAAUCCACUGCUCGAUAUCAUUCAAAACCCCCCAAAACAUGGUUUUCAAGUUGCAGAUAAAGGAUGUUGUGGUACUGGGGUAUUAGAGGUGGCUAUAUUAUGUAAUCAAUAUACUCCAGUGACAUGUGCAAAAGUUUCCGAUCAUAUAUUUUGGGACAGCUACCAUCCAACCGAAAGAGCUUAUGAGGCACUCGUUUCUGCUGUCCUUGGAAAAGUUGUGGACAAAUUCUUUUGA